AUGGUUCAGAGAAUCAUUGGUUGUGAAGCUCGGGUUUUCUUUUGGUUCGAGAUCUCUUCCUUAUCAAGCUACAAGGAUAUCUUCCUCAAGGCUAUCUGGAUAGUUAUGCCUCCCAUGUCUCAAGUUCCAUAUUCAUCUUCAAAGGAUUCCUCGAGGGAUUAUUGUUCUCUCGAGUUGUUAUUACUUGUAAUGCAAGUUAAAGUUUCAUGGGGAAUUGAGGAUCUGAUUAGGGAAAUCACCAUCAUCUGCUUCAUCAGUAUCACAAUUGUCUCUGCAACACUCGCAUCAUCAUCUUCUCCGAGAGAGCUAUUGGUAACAGGGCAACAUCCUUCUUCAUUAUCAACGAAUCAGGAAGAUUCAUUACCGCAAUCAUCUCCAUCAUUGCGUCUUCAUUCCACUGCAAACUUCAACAAAUCACAGAUUAUCAAUCUUCAACGCAACGACGAACAAAAACAUCACGAAAACGCGGACACGCAUAGAAAAUCCAGAAAUAGAAGAAAAGAAACAGCAGAAGAACGUAGAAAAAGUGCGAAUCAAAGAGCAUGCUUGAGUUCGUCUUCUAGAUUUCUUGUAGUUAUCGCCAUGAAAUAG